AGACCCCUUGCGUCUUCGACGGUCACGGCUUUACUCGGCGGAAGCUGUGACAUUUGACAAGUGCGCCCGGUCAUUUCAUCCUGGACGAGACUGCGGAAAGAGGUGUUGUUGGGCGAGCUCGGAGAGCUUGCUUCGCGUUGGGCCAACAGAGUUGAGCCCAGCUCGGGUCUCACACCCUCGUGGUAGCGACCUUGAAUCACUACACCUCCUCCCCCUGCUUGCACCGCCAGUCUGGCCGCAAGAUGCCGGGCGUCUCAGUCCGUGGCCUCUCGCAUGAGAAGAGAAGGCAACUGGCUGUGAACCUCACCCGCGUCCUAGCGCUCUACCGUUCCAUCCUGGACGCCUACAUCAUCGAAUUUUUCACCGACAGCCUGUGGGGCACACUCCCCAGCUCAUGGCAAGAAGCACUGGAUGGACUAAAGCCACCACAGCUGGCCACCCUGCUGCUAGGGAUGCCCAGGGAAGGGGAGGAGAUUAGGUACAGGUCCGUGUGGCCACUGACCCUGCUGGCCCUGAAGUCCACAGCCUGUGCCCUCGCCUUUACCCGGACACCUGGCUUUCAGACCCCCUCAGAGUUCCUGGAGAACCCCAGCCAAAGCUCCCGACUAGCAGCGCCUUUUCGGAAACAUGUCAAGCCCAAAAAGCAGCAUGAGAUCCGGAGGCUGGGAGAGUUGGUGAAGAAGCUGAGUGAUCUCACUGGCUGCACCCAGGUUGUGGAUGUGGGCUCAGGCCAGGGCCAUCUCUCCCGUUUCAUGUCUCUUGGGCUGGGGCUAAUGGUGAAGAGCCUUGAAGGAAAUCAGAGGCUGGUAGAGAGAGCCCAGCGCCUCGACCAGGAGCUCCUGCAGGCUCUAGACAAAAUGGAGAAGAGGCACCCAAAAGUGGUACAAAGAGGUUCCCGCCACUCCCCCCACCACGUGGUUCAGUGGGUCAGCCCCACAGCCCUGUGUGACGAGCUUCUGCUGCCUUUGGAGACACCAUGCCAGGGUAGUACCCGCCUACUACUCACGGGCCUCCAUGCUUGUGGGGAUCUGAGUGUUUCCUUGCUGAGACACUUCUGCUGCUGUUCUGAAGUGGUAGCCUUGGCCUCAGUGGGCUGCUGCUACAUGAAACUCAGUGAGCCUGGCAGCUACCCACUGAGUCAGUGGGUGGCUGGACUGCCCGGCCAUGAACUACCUUACAGGCUCCGGGAGGGGGCCUGCCAUGCUCUUGAGGACUAUGCAAAGAGGCUACAGAAAGCAGGCCCUGGCCUGCAAGCACACUGCUUCCGUGCAGCGCUGGAGACAGUCAUCCGACGUGCCUGCCCUGAACUUCGGAGACCUGGCGUACAAGGAAUCCCCAGGGUCCACGAACUCAAGAUUGAAGAAUACGUGCAACAAGGGUUACAACGAGUAGGUCUGGACCCCCAGCUGCCACUGGAUCUGGCUGCCCUUUGGGCCCAGCAGGCCCAAGAGAAUCGUGUGGUGGCCUUCUUCAGCUUGGCCCUCCUGCUGGCCCCACUAGUGGAGACGCUGAUUCUGCUAGACCGGCUGCUCUAUCUCCAGGAGCAAGGCUUCUAUGCUGAACUGUUACCCAUCUUCAGCCCUGAACUCUCUCCCAGAAAUCUGGUUCUGGUGGCCACCAAGACACCCCUGGGUCAGGCCUUCUCUGUUCUUGAGACUGAAGACAACUGACAGACCAAAACCACAAAGUGACAAUAUGGCCAGUGUAUCUUCCCAUUUAGAGUGCCUGCAUCCUGCUGGAAUUCUGGCCCUCUAAAACUUCAGAUUUAUACCCUUUCUCUCCUUUAAUAUGUAAUGUUCUGUGUCAUUUUUAUUUAUUAAAACUUUUCAGAUUUAACUCCUGCUGUGCAGUAGUGGCCACACCUUUAACCCCAGCACCUGGGAGGCAGAGGCAGGCAGAUCUCUGAGUUCGAGGCCAGCCUGGAUUAUAGAGUGAGUUCCAGGACAGGCCCGAAAGCUACAGAGAAACCCUGUCUCAAACAAACAAAAAAACUCCUGUUUCUAUAAAUAGGGAAAAGGACAGGGGCCUCUUCCUACAAACCUGCCCCUGGAAAGGCUGCCAUCUACUUGGUCUGUCCUAACAAG